AAAAAAAAAAAAAAAAAAAAAAAGUUUGCAUAUAUGAUAUGCACGUAAACUUUGUUUGCAAGACAAAAUAGCCUAUUUCUUCUUCUCCUUAUUUGUCAAGUUUUAUUAUCUAAUUAAAUGAUUAUAUAAAUGAAACAAAGCAGAUUCUAAAGCAAAUAAAAUGCAUUAUUUUAAACAGAAAUAAAAAUUUAGAUAUUUGUUUAUGGGAAACAUUAGAUUCAACUCUAGAUAUUUUAUUUAUUUUUAUACCCAAGUUAUUUAUUGACAAUGAAAAUAACGUAUCUCUUAUUUUGUUGGAAGAAGAUCAUUUCACAACAAUCAUGAAUGCAGCUACUUUAACAUGUUCUAUUAUCAAAAUUAUUCUUUCUAAAAUAUAUAAUGAUAACCAUGCACAUGGUUUAGAUACGUUUAUAUUUAUUCAACAUUUCAUGGAUACAAUUCAAAGAAUGAAAACUGAACAGUCCUCUUGCUUGACAAUAGAAGAAAAAAGAAAUGACAAGAUAUUGAUUAUGUCACAACUAAAUCAAAUGAUAAGGUCUUUAUUAUUUGUUUCAUUAGUCAUGUCAACAACCAGCACUUGUUAUCAUAAUAAGAAAAGUAGAUCGCGUCCUUUCCCUACUAAUAAAUUAUUGACAACACCUCCUUUAACACCUAAUUCAUUGGAUCAACCAGGAGACUAUGAUGACGACAGCAAUUUGAACCUAUUUUGUUAUACUACUAAUAAUGAUGAACAACACUUGAUAAGAAGAAGUGAAAAGAAUAAUACGGUUGGUAAAAGAUGGAUUCGUCAUCUUUCUAUUUUUAACAAUAAUGAAAAGGAUGACGAUAAAGAAAGAGGAGAAAUAGAAGAUUUAAAUAAUAUUAAUUGUAUACAAACAGUCCCUUUACAUGAGCUGGUCUCUAUUACAGACUCUGCUACUUCUUUUCAAAGGGGAAAGGAAGAAUUAAAUACAAGCAAGAAAUUGAAACAAGGGAAAAGAUAUUUAAAUUGGCUCAGGAUCAAUAAAAGGAUGAAAAGAUUACAAGAAAGCAUUUUGCAGCCAUUUACACUCUUAUUAGUAGAAGAACAGAAUAAGAAAAGACGAGAAUCAAUGAUGCUAUUUGAGGAUGAAUUACUUCGAUAUGUUGUUAAAGAAGAAAAGGAGGUUAAAGAAGGGUCUCGAAUUUAUAUAUCUGAAAAUGGAAAUCAUGUUUUAAUUAUGGAAAUUGUAUCCAAUUAUAAAUUACAAAUUGUGGCAGGCACAUUUGAAAAGUUAUUUCAAAGAUUAGCAGUUGAUGAUGAAAGACCUCAAGAUGUUGAUUACAUUGAUACCUUUAUCUUGUGUCAUCAUUUCUUUACCAAUCCUUGUGAAUUACUAGAAAACUUGAUGGAAAGAUUUUAUUUAGAAGCUACUUUAUUAUCCCCACCACAAUUUAAAAUACGGGAAAGAUGUAUUCAAGUCAAAAUUUUAAACGUCAUUCUAAGAUGGAUCAACUUACAAUUUCAAGAUUUUAUGAAUUAUCCAAUAUUAAUUUCUAGAUUAAAGGCCUUUUUAAUGGGUAAUGUAUUACGUGCUGGGUUCACGAUUGAAGCUGAUAUGAUUCAAAGAGAAUUCAAUCAACAAAAAUCAAAGUUAACUCAACCGUAUUUAUGUAAUAGUCAUAUUACGACUACAACAGGAAGAAAACCUUCUAUUACACCUAGCUUUCUAUCAUUUACUUCCUCUAUUCAAACUACUCCAUCACCUCCUGAAUCACCUACAUCAUCCACAGAGGCUUCUCCUCCUCCUCCUUCUUCUAUCUUGUUCACUUUAAACUCUAAAGAUAUUGCAAAAUAUCUAACACUCGCUGAUUUCUAUAUCUUUAAAUCGAUUACAGUUCAAGAUUAUUUAAAGUUAAGCAAAGUAAAAGAAGUGAAUUCGAUUAGUCUAAUGACAGAAAGAGCCAAUAAACUAACGCAAUGGAUUAUUUCAGAAAUUAGUCUAUAUACAAUAAAUAGUAAACGAAGAAGAAGCAUGAUACACAAGAUGAUUGAAAUAGCCAAGUAUUGUCUCCAUUGGAAUAAUUUUCAUACUUGUAUGAUCAUUACUAUGGGUUUAACUCAAUUAAAAGAAUUUAGAGAGGAGAUAACAAAGGAAGGUCAGGAUGAUCAUCAGCCGUCUAUUUCUACUCGUGAUAUGUUGGCUUAUAAACAACUAUUAAAAUAUUUGAAUGUAUGUCACAAUAUGAACUAUUAUCGAACAGCCUUGAAGAAAAUAGUAUCCUCUUCUAUCAAAAUACCCUGUAUACCUUUCUUUCCUAUCAUCCUUAAAGAUCUCACUUUUAUACUUGAAGGAAAUGAGACAAAGCGAAAAGAUGGCUUGAUUAACUUUACAAAGUUUCGAAUCCUCAUUCAAUUCAUUCAUACUGUACUAGGCUAUACUACUGAAAACUAUUCAUUUUCUACUGAAUUAAAUUAUUUUCCAUUCUUUAAACAAUGUAAAAUUGGACCUUCGUCUUCUACAUUAGAUCAACUUGCUUCUCUUUUAGAAGAUCAAAUAUAUCAAGAAUAUUAACAAAAGAAGUAAAAAUAAAAUAAAUAAAAAAUUACGUCACAG